AUGCAUAGAAUUUUGGGAUCAAAAUCAAAAAGGGAUAGAAAAACAUAUGACAAAGAAAAUCUUAAAAAAGACUAUGCUGCCACUUUGAAAGGAAUGUCCGUCUACAGGGCCUGCAGACUAUACCAGGUGCCUGAAUCAACACUCAGGGAUAGAACGAGGAAUAAGGUCUCAUUGGACUGUAAAUCAGGCCCAACUACGAUUUUCACAUACUCAGAGGAGAAGCAACUGGUAGAACUGGUAGACCACAUCGUUUAUUUGGGCAACAUUGGAUAUGGUUAUUCAGUCCAGGAGAUGAAAUAUUUAGCAGCAGAUUAUGCCGGUAACCUGAUGAGAGAGCAUGACCUCCUGACUGCACCAGAGAGGAUAUAUAACAUAGACGAGUCAGGUUCUUCUACAGAACACACCCCACCAAAGAUCAUUUGUGACAAGACCACAAAGCCACAGUCUGUGACAUCACCUCGGUCAAAGAACGUCACCAUCAUUGGAGGGGCCAAUGCCAUUGGGAAUCAUGUCCCGCCGUUUUAUAUAUUCCCAGGAAAACGGUGGAAUGACAGCCUGCUUGAUGGCGCUGUAGCUGGUGCAGCUGGGGGCAUGUCUGAAAGUGGCUGGUUCAACCGUGGACUAUUCGAGGAGUACAUCAUUAACCACUUUGCCAGACACGUUGGUCUGGACAGGGGAGACAGACCAACUACAUUGAUUCUUUAUGAUGGACACAAAUCGCAUCUGUCAUUAACACUGACACAGUGGGCCAAGGAUCAUAGAGUUAUACUUUUUGUCCUACCACCACACUCCAGUCACUUAACCCAGCCCUUAGACGUUGGGGUCUUUGGACCUAUGAAGAAAUUCUUCUAUCAGGAGUGUAAGCUGUACAUGCAUGCAAACCCAGGAGUUUCCAUUACCAGAUACGAAGUUGCCAAGCUCACAAACAAGCCGUUUUCAAAAGCCUUCUCUCCCAUCAACAUCAUAUCUGCAUUCAAAAAGUCAGGAAUGUAUCCUUUUGAUUCAGAGAAAAAUAUCAGAGAAACAAACAGCUCCUGCUACUAUCUACAAUACUGA